AUGGAGCAAAUCAUCGAAAAGAUGCAAGACGAACAGGUCGGCGUGCCCGUUCGUACGGUGAAGAGUUUUAUGUCCAAAAUACCCAGUGUGUUCACAGGCUCUGACCUCAUUCAGUGGAUGAUGCGUGAGCUAGAGCUCGACGAUCAGCUGGAGGCGCUGCACCUGGCCAAUCUGAUGGCCUCUCACGGGUACUUCUUCCCCAUCGACGACCAUGUGCUCAGUGUGAAGGCCGACUCGACCUUCUACCGCUUCCAGACGCCCUACUUCUGGCCCUCCAACUGCUGGGAGCCGGAGAACACCGACUACGCGGUGUACCUGUGCAAGCGAACAAUGCAGAACAAAACCCGCCUCGAGCUGGCCGACUACGAGGCGGAGAACCUGGCCCGUCUGCAGAAGAUGUUCAGCCGAAAGUGGGAGUUCAUCUUCAUGCAGGCGGAGGCUCAAGCAAAGGUGGACAAGAAACGCGACAAACUGGAGCGAAAGGUGCUCGACAGUCAGGAGAGGGCCUUCUGGGAUGUUCAUCGACCAGUGCCUGGCAGCGUCAACACCACCGAAAUUGACAUCAAAAAGGCGUGUCGAAUGAACAAACCAGUGAAGAGUACCAAACACAUCGCCAUCGCGGUGGGCGGCGGUCGGAUCAGCCCGGUGAACGAGUCGGACAAGGCGGAGCUGCUGAAGCGCGAGUGCGACAUGCUGCGCAUCCGCCUGGACCACCGCAUCGGCGGCGUGAAGAUCAGCAAGAUCGCCGAGUCGUACGGCACCUUCUACGACCAGUGGAACGAGUACGAUCCCUUCGUGACGCCGCUCGAGCCCAGCAAAGGGACGCCCACCAAUCCCUGGAUCUGUGACUCCACCGAGUUCUGGGAGAUGGAACGGCAAACGAAAGACGUUCCAUGUCGCCGAGUGAGGCGGUGGGCCUUCUCUCUGAAGGAGCUGCUAAAAGACGCCGCCGGUCGCGAACAGUUCUUCAAGUUCCUCGAGAAGGAGUUCUCGGCUGAAAAUUUAAAGUUUUGGGACGCCGUGCAAGAGCUGAAGUGCGUGCACAGUCGCGACGUGUCGUGCAAGGUGCAGGAGAUCUGGAUUGAAUAUCUGGGGUCUGAUGCCAACUGCCCGAUCAACAUCGACUCCAAGUCCUAUGAGAUCACGAAGAAGAACAUGGAGAACAAUCCGAACAACCGGUGGAUCUUCGACGAGGCCGCCGGCCACGUGUACCAGCUGAUGAAGAACGACUCCUAUCCGCGGUACCUCCGCUCGGACAUGUACAAGGAGUACCUGAAUGGCACGAAAAAGAAGACUUCGGUAAAGGGCAUCCGCGGUGUGAUAACGACCUUCAGCGCAAAGAAGCCCACCGCCGGUGACCAGCUGACGGUAGCCAACACCAACAACAAUGCCGCAACUUGA